AAGAGUCAGCCCCUUCUCCCACUGCUUUGAAUGUAACUGCCCCACUCUCAUCCCCAGUCUGUGCAGUGGAGGCAGCAGCACCUGUGGCCCUGUCAGGUGUUGCACAUUCACCCCUUUGGCUGUCACAUCAGUCCCCUGAGCACACCAGCACAGGGCUGGACCCUGCAGAUAUGUCACGGCCCCCAGCAUGACAGGUGCAGCCUCUCUGUGUCAGCACUGCAGCUCUCAUCAACUCCUUGCCUUUGUCCUGGGAAAACACCUUUCCAGCUGGAGAAAAGGACUUUGUAGGGAAACAUUUUCAUUUUUCCCAUUCUUUGCAGGUCACAGGUGAGCAGGUGGCCCUCUCCCACCUUUUCACCCCAAAGGGCACAACUCCCUGUUGCACCCUGAGACACUUCUCCCUUCCAGGCAGCCCUCAGGCUCUCUACACUCCCUGCUCCAAGGGCAUGGCUUGACACAAACCACAUCAAAAAACACUGAGCUGGUGCUCAGCAGCCAGGCUUGGUGUCCUUGGAUGCCCUGACACAGUGGGACACCCCCGCUCUUCCAGAGGCCUCUGUCACAGUCCAGCGGGUCUGGCUGGUGACCAGCUCACACCAGGCAGAGUUUGCUGCAGGACUUUCACAUGAGAAAUGAGAGUGCUCUCACUGUACUGUCCCCACAGCCUCCCUUCCUAAUGUAGGUGUCCCUCUCCAAAACCACAGCAGGAGGAAAGGACUCCAAAAAAUCAGGUGCCCUGUGCCGGGUCCAUUUGAAAGUGUUGUGUUGCGGGCACACAGGAUAAUUUCUUUGGCUAUACCCUAAAUGGAGAGUUCCACUGUGACUUUUGACACCUUGCAGCAAGGUCUCAAAGUCCAAAGAGGUGGCUGUAUGAAAAGCCACAGGAAGUUAAACUCCAAGAGCAGAGGCUGCUUUUCAGGCUCAUGUUGCUGCUUCUUGGUACAUAGCUGCUCUGAAUGAGCAAACUCCAGAGGAAAGAUGAAAUUUGAGGAUCUCUUGGUGGAAACUGGGGGCUUUGGCAGAUUCCAGAUUUUGAUUUUGUCUAUCCUCUGCCUCACAAGAAUCAACCUUCCCAUGCAUUUCCUGCUGCACAAUUUUCUUGCUGCUACCCCCUCUCAUCACUGUGCAAUUCCACACCAAGAGGCAUUUGUGAAUCUCACCGUGGAGGAAGUUCUGCUCAUCAGCAUCCCUCGGAAGCCUGAUGGCACUUUCAGCUCCUGUGAGAUGUUCUCACAGCCUCAGUUUCACUUGCUGCUCAACUCCUCUCUGCAACCAGAAAACAAAUCCAUCGUCCAGCCCUGCCAGCAUGGAUGGGUCUAUGACCGCUCGCAGUUCACCUCCACCAUCUCCACCCAGUGGGACCUCGUGUGCGAGCAGCGUGGGCUGAACCAGGCAACAGCAACCUUCUUCUUCAUCGGCGUCACGAUUGGGGCCGUGGUGUUCGGGUACCUUUCCGACAGGUUUGGACGGAAAUCCAUGCUCCAGCUGUCCCUGGUGUGCUCCAUGGUUUUUGGGAUGCUGAGCGCUACCUCCGUGUCCUACACAAUGCUGGCCAUCACACGGACCCUCACCGGGGUGGCCCUGAGUGGCCUCUCCCUGAUUGUCCUGCCUUUGGGGAUGGAGUGGGUGGAUGUCCAGCACCGCACCUUCACCGGGAUCCUGAUCAGCAUCUUCUGGAGCGUUGGGAACAUGCUGCUGGCCCUGGCAGCGUACUUGGUGCGGGAAUGGCACUGGCUGCUGGUGGCCGUGACAGGACCUUGUCUCCUGAGCAUCAUCUGCCUGUGGUGGGUCCCAGAGUCUGCCCGGUGGCUCAUAGCCAAGGGCAAAGUGAAGCAAGCCCACAGGCACCUGCUCACAUGUGCAAGAAUGAAUGGAAGGAAAGACUUUGCUGUCUCACCGGAGGCCCUCACAAGGAUGGCAACAGACAAAAAUAUGGGAGGGAGUUACUCCUGCAUCAGCUUGUUCAGGACCCCAGUCCUGAGGAAGAUCUCUCUGUGUUCUGGUGUGGUGUGGUUUGGUGUUGCCUUCUCUUAUUACGGCAUGAGCAUGAACCUGACUGGCUUUGGGCUCAGCGUCUACGUCUCCCAGUUUGUCUUUGGCAUCAUCGAGAUUCCAGCCAAGAUAGCCAUGUACGUGGUGGUGAACCGAGUUGGCCGGCGGCAGAGCCAGGCAUGGACACUCAUCCUGGCCGGAGUCUGCAUAGGAGCCAACAUCGCCAUUCCCAAGUCCUUCACUUCCCUACGUUCAGUAGUGGCCACUGUGGGCAAAGGUUUCUCAGAAGCUGCCUUCACCACUGUCUUCCUGUACACCUCGGAGCUCUACCCCACCAUUCUGAGGCAGAAUGGGAUGGGGUACACCUCCUUCAUGGCACGCCUGGGAGCGGCCCUGGCCCCGCUGGUGUUCCUGCUGGACAAGGUGUGGCGGUCCCUGCCCGAGGUGACCUACUGCAGUGUCGCGGUGUGCAGCGGUGCUGUGGCCUUCCUGCUCCCGGAGACGCUCAACGUGCGCCUUCCUGAGGGCAUCGAGGACAUCGAGAAGCCACAAGUAAAAGUGCCGCCAGAAGCCAGCGCGCCCGAGGGCGUGCCACUACAGGCUCUCCUGAAGUGAGGAACCCCGUGAGACAGCCACCGUGUAGGGCUACACAAACUUGAGCCAUGCUCUGAUCUGCCAGGGAAAGAGCCUUUGCUGCCCACCAAUCUCACUCCCAAGGGAAGUGGAACUGAGGACCCUGGAGGAAGGAGGCAGAUCAGGACACCAGCUGGCAGGAGCUAACUCACGCUGUAGUGUGGCCAGCACCAAGGAUGCUCAGGUCUAACAGGGUGUGGAAAUAAAGGUACCUUGUGCUAAGCUUUUUCAGUCUUUGGCCUUGUUGGAUGUGGACCUUUCAGAUCUGUGCACAGCCUUCCAGAAACUACAGUCCAUUGGUUCAUGCACCUCGAGAAACAAUGCAGCAAGAAAAAUACUGGAUGUGAAUCAUGCAAACCCAAAUAAGCUCUAAUAAAUCCAACUGGGUGGU